CCGGGGAGACCAGAUAUAGUGAAUGCAGGGUCCGGGGAGACCAGAUAUAGUGAAUGCAGGGUCCGGGGAAGACCAGAUAUAGUGAAUGCAGGGUCCGGGGAGACCAGAUAUAGUGAAUGCAGGGUCCGGGGAGAUCAGAUAUAGUGAAUGCAUGGUACUGGAAGACCAGAUAUAGUGAAUGCAGGGUUCGGGGAGACCAGAUAUAGUGAAUGCAGGGUCCGGGGAGACCGGAUAUAGUGAAUGCAGGAUAUAGUGAAUGCAAGGUCCGGGGAGACCAGAUAUAGUGA